AUGUCACAGUCAACAGGGCCUUCUCUGCCAAGGGCACCAGGGAGCUUCUCUCCAAUUGUGCAACAGUCCUCAUCAUCUCAAGGACCCCCACUGCGAAGAAUUGAGUCCUCAUCAUCUGAAGAUUUACCUCCACCUCCCUCCCUUGCCAGCAGAGUUCGUCCACAAUCGCAGAAUGCGCCUGCCCCUCCACGUCCUUUUUACGCCCAAUCGACCAAGAGCAACUCAAGCACCACCAGCUUACAGAACUUCUCACGGCCAACACUCGCGCAAGUACGAACUGAUAUUGGCGGUACACCAUUGAGGAAUGCGUCGCCUCUCACUGCAAUAGCUUCGAAAUCAUCCAUCAGUGAUUUUAAAGUUCACGGGCGCAAGCAUUCACAAACUCAAGGUUCUUUCGAAGCUUAUUUACCAACUGCCGCAUCAUCCAAUCUGGGAAGCAUGUCAAAUCUAAACACAGGACUUUCUGCGAGUCACAUAGCUGCUCAGGCUGCUAUGCAACACCAAGCGCAGCAUGCGCGCCAAAGGUCCCAGACUGUACCAACUCCUCAAUUAGAUACUUCAUCAAAUAGCUCUGGAAGCAGAAGACCCUCCAAGGGACCCAUAUCACCACCGCUAUUAAGUUUGACGGAAGCUUCAGCUCCCAGGGAUACUAGUUUUGGUGGGCAAGGAUAUCAUAAUGGAUUGCUCGGGGCAGGACCGAAUGUCGCUCAAACCGCUGCCAAUGUUGUGUUUCCAAAGUCUCCCGGAUCAUCGCCAGCAUUGACACCCACAGAAUUUGAGCAACGAAAUCUCACCCAUGUUCAAGCCCAAGCAAAAGCUCAAGCUCAAGCCCAGUUAUUACAGGCGCAAGCGCAGUCACAAGCACAAGCUCAAGCUCAAGCCGAAAAACCUGCCAAAACGGAGAAGUCCAAAGUCAAAUUGUUUUCGAGGCCUGGAAAGAUCGGCAUAAGUAAGGAUAAAGAAGCGAAAUCUGGAGGUCUUCCAAGUCCCAAUGCUUCAGGCGCUCCGAGUAUGUACAGCAUGGCGAAUUCUUCUUCGGCGACUAUACGACCAGUCGAUACAUCACAACCAGAAAAGGAAAAAGACAAGGAGAAACAUAAACAUCAUUUUCUGUCGCGGCAGAAACACAAGCUGAGCAGCAAAGACGAUCAUCAUUUACCAUUAUCAUCGGCGGCCUCGAAUUCCAAACCAGUAGAUCCAAGUGCGCCCAGUAGCUUGUAUAAUUUCAACCUUCCACCGAGUCCAGGCCCUACAUCUACAAGUUUUGCGAAAAGCAUGAGUGGCCUAGAUCUAAGACACGGAGGAAGGGCAUUAAGAGAAAAGAAAAAAGAAGAGAAAAGCGAGACCAUGAGGGAAGGAGAACUAUCAUAUCAAAAUAGUAACGAAUGGCCUGGACCAUCUAGCCUUGGUUCAGCAGGUGCAUCAUCAUACUUAGGUCCUGCGGGAGCAGGAUAUCCUUCUAGCCUUUAUGGGGUCGACACAGCGGAUUUGGGGAAGUAUGGACUGAAUAACAUGGGAGCAGACGAUGCAUGGCCAUUUUUAAAAGCAAAACUACUAGUCAUAUUCGAGGGCGAAGACUUAAGGUUAUGUGUGGAAGAUCUCAAUCGUCUAGUCACUACCCAUAUUCAACGCUCUAUACAAAAAAGAUGCCCAAAUCAUGUUAUAGAAGACUUGCAAGAGUUACUCGAAACAGGCUUCAGAUCCCUUGACCAAACUCUGCGCCGAACCCCUGAUGAACGCCUCAUACCUCAUCUUGUAGAAAUGUGGCUCUUUACUUUCACUACCGUCCUUCCUUACAUGCAAGCCGUUUUUCUCCCGCUCGAUCUCGAAUUUUCUGGCCACGGACCCCUCAUGUCACCAGAAGUAGCGCGUGAGACCUGGGGCGUUGUCUCUUCAUCCUCGUCUUCCAAUAUUUCUGCAGGUCGCGCUCUCGAGGUGCGCAAAAUAGUACUUAUAGCAUACCGCGACACAGUAAUCAUUCCUCGUUAUGAAACACUGAAAGGAUUAUUUUCUCGCCUCUCCCUCGACUCUAUCAGUCUCAGCCUUCCAAACUCGGAUAUAAGAUCCCCAAGUCCAGAUAGUCAAGGAAGACCAGGAACGGCCAUUAGUUUAGAUCCGAGUCAUGGAUCUUAUUCAUCUCAAAAUACCACUCUUUUAGGAGGCGGAAGCUCGGGAGGUGAUAAUUCGGGUUCACGUUCUCGAGCAAUCUCGAAUGUCAGUUACGGGUCCGAACAUUCUGCAGGUGCAGGUCUUGGUAUUUCCGGAAUGCCACCUCCUCCAAGACCAUUCACACCAAGUAGCACACAUCCAGCGUUGACCUAUGGAUUGAGUGCGCGAGAAAGAAGACAGGCAAAUGUAGAAGAUUCGUCGAAGAAACUUACAGAAGCUGUGGGUAGAAUGUUACAAUGUGUGAGUGUACUUAGUAGCGUGGGUAUACGAGCGGGCAAUGAUUCAAGUCAGGAGAAGAUGGAAGACUUGGGACGGGGCCUUAAGUUGAAUUGGUUGGGGAGAGGAAGAACGGGAAGAAAUAGGAGGGGGUUGGUGGGUGGGAGAGUGGGACAACCGGGGGCCAAUUUGUGA